AUGGCGAUAAAGGUGCUAAUGCUUCACGGAUAUGCCCAGUCUGGACCCAUAUUUUAUGCAAAGAGUAGUGGCCUCCGCAAGUCUCUUGCCAAGCUGGGAUAUGAACUAUACUAUCCAUCUGCUCCUUCCAGGAUACCGAGCGUAGAUAUAAGCAGCGUCGAUGAUAUGGCCUCAGUUUUCAACACCAACGCUGGCACUGAGAACAUUUUCGGCUGGUGGUUAAAGGAUCCGCACGACCAAUAUAAAGUGCCACAGUCCACCACGGACUUUUUACACGACUACAUUGUUGAGAAUGGUCCGUUCGAUGGAAUUGCUGGUUUCAGCCAGGGUGCCGGUUAUGCUGGCUACCUUUGCACUAAUGUUCGCCAGCUGCUAGGAUUGACAGCAGAGCAGCAGCCAGACUUCAAGUUUUUUAUAAGCUUCAGCGGUUUUCGGAUGCAUCCUGAAUGGUUCCAGGAACAAUACAACCGGCACCCCAUCACAGUGCCAUCCUUGCACGUAAUGGGCGAGCUUGACACUGUUGUAGAGAGCUCUAGGGUCAUGCGGCUUUACAAUUCCUGCUCGGAAGGCACCCGGACUCUUCUGAAGCAUCCUGGCGGCCACUUCGUGCCCAACGGCAAAGGUUUUGUUGCCAAAGUCGCCAAUUGGCUUCAAAUGGCAGGCGAAGCCCCUAAACAAAAGUGCGACAAUGAGGCCCAGCAAAACCCAGAACAGCCUGACCUCGGCGAUGAUCUGCUUGACGCAAUCGAUGGGCUGGGCAAGGUAUAA